GGUUCUACAAAUUCCUUUGAGUUGGUUUACAGUGCGCCACUCUUUAAGGGGUACAUACCUAACUAUCAUAUUCCACAUUUUCAGCCUACGUUCGAUUUGAGCUUUAACCUACCUAACCCUAAUCACUUACUAUUCACUUUUGGUAUUGGAAGAUAUUCCCAACAAUGCCUAUAGACAACGGCGUACGCUGCCAGGCCCUUACCUUGUUUGGAAUAGGUGCUACGCGUAAACGCAUCCAAGAGGUUACGGGUAUAUCCCUAGCUGGCUUCUCUCGUCUCCUGCAAAAGGCCACGGAGCGCGGCUACGUGAAAGGCAGUCCUGUUCUUCUUAGUUACGUUCAAGAUGCAAAACGAUCCGGUAGACCGUCUAAAGUACGCGCCAGAGCAAACGACGUUGCCGACCUUAUCACCCGCAAUAGCACAGGUAAAAAGUGGUCUGCCCAACAAAUCGCUGACCAGUUGAAAGAAAAAUCCGACAAAAAGGAAGAUACCAUCUCCCGCCGAACAGUCCUCCGCUGCCUCAAAGAACUCAGUCAGACAAGGGCAGGCUUUUCUAAAUGAGAUAUUAGACCCUAAGCCUAUUAGUCCAGACGGCAGCGGAGAGAUGAGCUUUCUUUUCGACGACACAGCUCAAAAUAAUUGAUUUGGUGACCAUCUAUGCGUACAGUACGAAUAAUUUAGUGGCGCACUGUAGUUAGAACUAUCCAGAAGAAAUUGCAGAACUUCUGGC